AGGCUCAUCGAAUAAUUUUCUGCAUGGUCUCAUAAAACUCAUCCUGAAGCACAAAAGGAAACCCUCCAACGAAAGGAACCGUUCCAAACUCUAACAGAUCCAAUUAGCUAUAAUGAUGUCAAUCGAUAUGAUCAGGAUGCCAAACCAGGAAUUUCCAUUAAGACCGAUGUCGCCGCCGACACGACAAAUCGUUCCCGGACCAUUCGACGUGAUUUGCGCGCGAGGAAAGCAAGCAUACAACCACGAAGGUGUAAGUGAGACCAUUGACGAUAAUUGGCCAAAGAUCCURAGAAUAUGUUGUUGCAAUCUUUCGUUAAUAGAAAAUCUCUGACAUCGGCUAUCCUUCUUCUGUCACUGUACCCGCAUAAUCCACGACUUAUAGAAUCGCUUUUUUCGACAAAUUAUCAGCCUUGCCACCGAGAAAUAUGCGAAAGUCGAAAGCAAAUUACAGCGGUCGAUGAUUGUUACGGACAUUGUCGACGCAAUCCRCACGAAGGGGAACGGGUUUAUUCGCCAAACAAGCAAGGGCGAAUGGGUUCAAUGCUCCGAUGUGAUGUGCCGUGAAAAGGUCGGCCAACAUUUUCGCAACGCAUUGGGAUGUCGAUACAAGUCUAGCACAAAAUCAAAACAACGCUCAAAGGAAUUAUCAAUUCCUCGUCUGGUAGAGAACCUGCACAAAAUAGUCUUUUCGAGUAAGGCGGUCAACCAAAUCACCGAACGGCUUGCUUUGGAUUUAGUUUUUGUUGACGAGGARUCUGAAGACGAGUUCUACGAAAAAGCAUUCGCAGCCAACAUUAGUUUGUUGGAAACUUUCAAAGAAGAAAAGAGUUUGGUGCAGCAAUGCCAGCAGUCGCUUAAUUUGGAAGAACAGCCAACCGUACCAUUGAGCACUACGAGGAAAGAAAAAAAUUGCAGACACGCAUUGGCCGCAUAGUAAUACMAUGCCAAAAUAUCGAGCACUUCCUCAAUGAAUCCCUCCGAACAAUACAACAUCAUGUAUAUUAUUACAAUACAACUGUAACAAUAAGUGUAUAAUACAGCCUUACAAUAAUAUUACAUCAUUGUAUCAAUAAUUCAGUGCACUCGUUCGGUGAUCAAUUAACCAAUAGAAUGAGGAUCGGUUCCUACCACACCUAUUCCCGAAACAAGCAGAAGCACACCGACCCAUCCUUGGAGAUCGAGACCCUCCCCAAGCACAAAUAUCCCGAUCACAGCACCAAAGGCAACGGAUYCGCCUAUCAAAAUCGGUAUCGACUGUGUUGCCUUUACACCCAUGCCCGACACACCGAAAGAAAGCAGCUCGGCGAUGCCCACAGCCACUCCAGCAAGACUUGACCAUAGCACUCCCGAGGAAUCAUAGUGCAACACAGUCCUUGCUUCACCGCCGCCUUUGUUUCGAACGUUUUCGUUCCACACCAAAAUGGCACCGAGUGCACACAAACCAAAGAUCGCGGCAACGACCUGUAGUAUUACCCCACCAACGAUUGGAUGAACGGAACUCGACCCCUGUUUAAUGCCAAUAUUGUAKAAUGCAUACGCCAUGGCACAGCACAAGGCCAAGCUAAGCCAGACAAAGAGUGGUGCCGAUGGCAACGGUGCACCCUCCCUUCUGUCCUCAAAGUCGUUGCUGUGGCUAUAGAGGUGCUCAUCGGCGGCGGUGGACACCAAUAUAAUGCCCAGAGUUAGCAUCGCCACACCGAACCAACCGUGCGUCAAGACCAUGGAUUCCUUCAGGCACAACGAACCAAGCACCGCUGCAAACAGGACGGAUCCACCAACGAUAAUAGGAAUCGAUUGCGUCACGGGAACUCCCAUCGGCCCCGACACGACAAAGGAUAUAAUUUCCGCAACUCCUACCCACACAC